AACAGUGCAACACAGUUGGUCAGAUUAGUCUUUUCUUUACUUUGAUGUGUGAACGUUGUUAGUUUUUCCUCCCUUUUCUCUACUGAAAUGGAGAGUGCUUUUGAUAACCUGGAUGCAGCUGGUUUCCUGGAAAUCUGGCAACACUUUGAUGCUGAUGAUAAUGGCUACAUUGAGGGCAAAGAGCUUGAUGAAUUUUUCCGUCACAUGAUGAAGAGACUGGGUCCACAGGAGAAUGUGACUGAAGAGAGAGUUCAGAGACUGAAGCAGAGAUUUAUGUCCGCCUACGAUGCCACCGCUGAUGGGAAACUACAGAUUCAGGAGUUGGCCAAUAUGAUCCUCCCUGAGGAUGAGAACUUCCUUUUGGUUUUCCGCAGAGAAGCUCCUCUCGACAACAGUGUUGACUUCAUGAAGAUAUGGAGGAAGUACGAUUUGGAUUGCAGCGGCUACAUCUCAGCUCAGGAGCUGAAGGCCUUCCUGAAAGACCUGUUCCAGCAGCACCACAGGGAAGUGUCAUCUGACAAGCUGGAGGAGUACACUGACACAAUGAUGAAAAUCUUUGACAAAAACAAGGAUGGCCGUUUGGACCUGAACGACCUGGCCAGGAUCUUGGCUCUACAGGAGAAUUUCCUGCUCCAGUUCCAGAUGGACGCCUCCAGUAAAGAGGAGAUGAAGAGAGACUUUGAGAAGAUAUUUGAGCAUUAUGAUGUUAGUAAGACAGGAGCGCUGGAAGGUCCUGAGGUGGACGGCUUGGUCAAAGAUAUGAUGGAGCUGGUCAGGCCCAGCAUCACAGGUCCUGAGCUGGACAAGCUGCGAGCCGUUCUGCUACGCCACUGUGACGUCAACAAGGAUGGAAAGAUACAGAAAAAUGAGCUCUCUCUGUGUCUGGGAGUCAAGCUUAAACCUUAGUUACAAUUAUAGUAUAGUAUGAUAUUAUGAAACACUGACGCUGUAUUUGUUGUAUAGUUAAUCAAGUGUGUACUGGGAGUGAGCUAAUGGUAGAAUGCUGUGUUUUGAUGCUGAUCAGUCUGAUUAUUGGAUUAUUUAAGGUCAAUAUUCAUGUAGCAUUAUUUGAUUUUUACUAUGAUACAAACACAAUUUGAUGCUGUUGGAUUAAAAGAAAAUUAAACGACUGUAAAUCUAUUACUUUAAGUGACAGUGAUUCUUGUGCAUGUUAUAGGCCAAAAAAAAGAAUGAGAUAUGAAUGUUUUUGGGGGGCUUUUUGGCUAAAAAAAAAAUGUCUGUGCUGUGAGAUUUGUGGUAAAAUGAUCAGUUUGUCUGUGGCUUUUGACAAGGUAGAAAAAUAAGUGUUUUUUUAUUGUAAUAUAAAGUUUUCUUCUCUUAGUUUGAAGCUGCAGGAACAUUGGCCAUUAUUGAUGUUUGGCCAUUUGCAUGAUUCUUGCAUGAAAAAGAAAAAAAAAUCUGAAGUGUGUUGUUCAUUGUCCUGUUACCAUUAUUUGCUGUUUAGAAAAUAUAUUAUUAUGACAAGUGAUGA